CGGUCCGUCACGGCGUUCGGCGCGGACCGGUUUAUCUCCCGCCGCUCCCUUUGUCAGCCGGGCGGCGCGGGGCCGCGUGCUGCGGUGGCAGCGGCGUGUCAGCCCGUGCAGCCCUGCGGUCCGGGCUGUGCGCGACUCGCUCCGUGCGAGCUCCUCUGGUAGCCGGGGCUUUUCGGGGAGGAGUCGGUUCGGAAACAUAUCGAGACCGAGGGCUCUCGUGGAUCGCCGGGGAAGGGGGAAAUCGCUGUUCACUCAGUCGCUCGCGAAGCGGUGUGUCUCAGAUGAUGGUGGUUCCUGGGAGCGCCCCGCUCAUACAGCAGGACCGUGCUCUGGAGCCUGACGUGGGGCGAGGGCCGACGCAGAGCUCCGCCAUGGGCCCUGGCACAGAGCCUGUGCCCGGCGAGGUGGGCCCGGAGCUGGAGGAGGUGCGGAAGCUGCAGGAGCUGGUGAGGAGGCUGGAGAUCCAGAACCAGCACCUGAGGACGAGGAGUCGCAGGAGUGUGCUUGGCACAGCGCUGCAGAGCGAGAUGCGCGCCGGCGUGGAUAACCACGACUCUGGGCUCAACGGGAUGGAAAUCAACAACAGCAUCAACGCCAUGGCCGAGAAGCAAGAAUUGCAAAUCAUGGCAGAUCUGCACAGCAAAUUGAGCAAAAUCCGAAAAGAGGAGGGGGAGAACAACUGCUUCAAAAAGGACAUAGGUGCCCAAACGCAGUACGGUUGCCUCAGUGCCCCUGGGGAGCUGUCGUCUGACACGUGUAAGGUGGAGAUGAAGACUGAUGAUAACGUGAGGUGUUCGUCACGUGUGGAUAGGAGUAAUAGCACGGAGCUGAUGGGGAACCUGGUCAUUGCAGGUACUGAGCCCACGGUUAAAACAAGCCAACAAAAUCCCAACAAAAAAUGUGGAGAUAUAGAAAGCCUUUUGAAUAACACGGCUCUGGAUGAAGUGAAAGUGCUGGAACUUGAGAACUGCAAUGAAGAAGAAGAUAGCUGGCUGUAUGUGUCCCCGAGGAAAUCUGUUGUCCAUCAGAAGACAGGCUCGCCGUUGCUGUGGUGCCGGCAGGUGCUGGACAAUCCCUGCCCUGAGACAGAAACCGCCUGCCGGACUCUCAUCAGCAGGCUGGACCAAGCCAGUAGAUGGAAAAACCUGUAUUGCAGUCCUCUGGCCUCACCAAGUGCACAUAAUUUGAAUACAGAGACAGGCUCCUGUAGCAAUGCACUAAACUCUCCUGGGCAUCUCAAAUCGACUAACAAAGCACUACUAACCUGUGGCAGCUCAGGUUAUUUAAGCAUGCAUUCUGCACUGAGCUCACAGUCAUCUGUGGACAGCGAGCUGAGCACAUCUGAUGACUCCAUCUCCAUGGGAUAUAAGCUGCAGGACUUGACUGAUGUCCAGGUUAUGGCACGCCUUCAGGAAGAAAGUCUCCGCCAGGACUGCGCCUCCAGCUCAGCGUCCGUAUCGCGCCGCAGCUCCAGCGCCUCCCUGCACUCCCUGCGCAGGGGUACCUACAGCGACCAGGAGUUCGACACCUACAGCCUGGAGGACGAGGACGAUUACGACUGUUCCCUGUCGUACCGCAGUGCUCACAGAUACUCACCGUCUCCGCUCAGCUCUCCCAGAUGUCAGUCCCCUUCUUCCAGUGCAGACUAUAGCAGGGCCUCCGCCUCCCGUAUCCGUCCCCCGCGGAGAUCUGUGCAAAGCCCGAUGCAGGACCGGCUGAAGUAUGGCAGCAGUGAAGAGGAGAUGCGCCACAGCAUGCCCAACCUGGCCAGGACGAGCCUUCGAGCUUUGGAGUCUGUGAGAAGCAGUCGCAGCUUGGAGUCGGAUCUGCAGGUGCCCAGCAGUCGACUUUCAAGAAUUCAGCAACCAUCAGCAAGUCUGGCUCCCAGUAAGCUCAGGUAUUCCUCCAGUGCUGGCCAGUCUCCCCUAACAGUGCGACAACCAAUGAAAGCUGGGUCAUGCACAAACUCUCUAUUAACACCCAGGCAGCCGGUGAAAGCUUGCAGUUACACAGCUCCUGUCAGCGGAGUUCGAAAGCCACAGGCAUCUUCCCUUAGCACAGGCCCUUCCAGUGGCAGUUCCACUUCUAGAAGCUUGGUCACUGUGGCAAAAAAUGCACCCCUGAAAGCACGCACAUCUGUUGGAGGAACUUCAGUGCCCAAGAGCAAGCUGACGCCGCCGUCCAAGAGAUUUCUUCAAUCAGCAAAAACCACGCCAAGCACUGUGGACGAUUCCUGGAAGGAAGGGUGUUACUGACACAACCCAAAACGCCGAUGCACUGCCAAACACCUCUGUGAAGCAGAACCCCAGCUGGCUGGGCUUGAGAACGUUAUUUUAAAACAAUAUUCUAUUUGAGAGACCCAUGGCAUUGGGACUGGUGUAUAUAGAGCUCCUCUCCUCUUGAAUGCAAACUAUCCUCGCCUUCCAGCACUCUGGCACAAGCCUGUCCUCUGAGCAGUACUGUGCUCCAAACACAUUGCUGAAACGAGUCUUCAUACGAGGACCGAAAAGAGCCUUAUUUCAUAGUAACCUCUAAUUGCAGCCCUUCGGAAGGCCUGUCACAAAAAACAACUUCUUAGGACCUGCUCCUCAGGAUGCUUGCCAUAACAAGGCUGCCAGGUGUCCUGCUUGGGCCACACAGCAGCUUUCAGCAGCUGCUAGGGCAUGUUUCACAGCAGUGGCAGGGGGAGACUAGAAAUAGCUGUAUAGGUGUUAGAAGUAAGACUUUUUAACUUCAACCUGGUGUACUCUAAUAUUUGUUUGAAACAACUUUUUUUUUUUAACUUCUGUAUAGUAUGUAUUUCUGCUAAUUUUUAUUGUGUGUUCUAGGAGACAAAGCAGGUUUUUAUAACUGUAGUCUACUUUGAGCUGUUGUAUUCAAGCGUGUGCAUCACAGUUCACAAGUGAAGGAGCAGUACACAAUAUUUGUGUGGGUUUGCAAGCAGCCAGUUGCAGGGACAGGGGAUGCUCUUUGGAAACUGCUGUUUGUCACCAUCUUCAUAUCUCAGAGGAAGCUAACAAACACCAGUGACAGGUAAACUCUUUAAAAGGUAGCUCCCCUGACUGAUUUGACUUGAAGCGUUGCCCUUAGGUCUUUCAGCUCGCCCCUAACUGCCCUCCUUUUUGUAGAAGAGUUUUUCUACCGUCUCUUUGGCUAUGAAGCAUUCUGUUUCAACAUCCUUUUCCUCAGCAAGUGCUGCAGGCUCUGACUCCUGUCUUAGUACACAAAAUAUGCACUGAUAGCAACAUUCUCCCUGCCAUCAAUGUGAUUUUGAUAGUGUAGUUUAAUAAAAUGUUAUGGUGCUGAAAUAGAUCUGCCUUACUCAAACAGUGAGCCUCUCUGAGUGUUUUUGUGCUAGGAACGAGGCUGCAGAAGUCUCCUUCAGUCUUUCAUCUCCAUCAAGAGACUUCCACUGGAGACCUGCUUACAUAGGCAGAGCUUUGUGAUGUAAGUAUUGCUAUUUAUCUUUCAGCUCCUUGGAUUUCAUAAGAAUGAGGUAGUUUUACCAAAGGAAAACAAGUCACAGCAUUCAGUUCAUGUCUUCUAUAGAAGGGGCCUCAGCAAAAUGAAGUAUGUGAGGCAAUACUUGCAACUUGGAAGCCAUUUAGGCUUUGCAGUGACCUCUCUGCAGUGUUUGCUUUAAAAAAGAUAGUUGUAUUAAAUUCAUGAGCUCCAGACUAGUCUCAUGUAUGUGUUCCACUGCUGAACAGUUAAUGCACCUGGAAGAUAAUGCUGGCACAGAACUGACUGCACUAUAAGCUGACUUUUCUGUGUAAGGGGAUGAGAGAAGAGUUACACAGGAGCAGCCUUUGGCAGGUGUGUAAACGUUGAGACCACAGUUAUCACCUCUUGAAAGAGAUACCUGCAAGCUAAUGAGAACUGAAGUAACAGCAGUUCUUUUUGUUACACUAUUAGCUGAAUACCAUAAUUCCCCUGAAGCUGAAACAACCCCCUUCCACUUGAGAACAACUGCUAAACCCUGGGGGAAGGAAAAAAAAAAAGAGAUACCCCUGUAAGUCUUGAAACCAAUUCCAGCCAGUGAAAGGACAAAAAGGAAGGCUCAGGUAACUGCU